UCCGCUCGCCCUCCGCGGCUCGCCGCUUCCCAACCGCCCGCGUCCGUCCGCGGCCAGGCAGCGGCGGGGAUGGCGAGCCGCGGAGCCGGGGCGGUGUCGAGCGCAGCGGCUUCGUCAUUGGGCGAGGAGGCCUGACGGACGGGCUGACUGGUGCAUAAGGACACCACAACCCACGGCCCCGACAGAGCGAGGGCGAUGGAGUCUAACGUGCCGAAGCGGAAGGAGCCCGCUAAGUCCCUCCGCAUCAAAGUCAUCUCCAUGGGCAACGCCGAAGUGGGGAAAAGCUGCAUUAUAAAGCGCUACUGUGAGAAGAGAUUUGUGUCUAAAUACCUGGCAACCAUCGGGAUUGACUAUGGAGUCACGAAGGUCCAAGUCAGAGACAGAGAAAUCAAAGUUAACAUCUUUGACAUGGCUGGACAUCCCUUCUUCUUUGAGGUCCGAAAUGAGUUUUACAAGGACACACAAGGUGUGAUACUGGUCUAUGACGUUGGACAGAAAGACUCAUUUGAUGCCCUUGAUUCAUGGCUGGCAGAAAUGAAGCAGGAGCUUGGGCCUCACGGGAACAUGGACAACAUUGUCUUUGUUGUUUGUGCCAACAAGAUUGACUGCUCCAAACACCGCUGCAUUGAUGAGAGUGAGGGGCGUCUCUGGGCUGAAAGCAAAGGGUUCCUGUACUUUGAAACAUCAGCACAAACUGGAGAGGGAAUCAACGAGAUGUUCCAGACCUUUUACAUGUCCAUAGUUGACUUGUGUGAAAAUGGCGGGAAGCGUCCUACCACACAUAGCAGUGCUAGUUUCACCAAAGAACAAGCAGACACCAUUCGCAGAAUCCGAAACAGUAAGGACAGCUGGGAGAUGCUGGGAGUCAGACCUGGGGCCUCAAGGGAGGAAGUUAAUAAGGCCUACCGGAAGCUGGCUGUGCUGCUUCAUCCGGACAAGUGCGUAGCCCCUGGCAGUGAAGAUGCUUUCAAAGCAGUUGUGAAUGCCAGGACAGCCCUCCUGAAAAACAUCAAGUAGAGGCAGAGGAAACUACAAGCAAGCUCAAAUGCAGACAGACUCCCCUUGAGGUGAAACAACCAGCAUGGAGUUUUCCUUCACAAA